GCUAAACCCUAAUGUAAAGCCCUGCACUAGUUGAGCUCAGUUAUUCAGUAUUCACACCCACAUCAACCACCACCACCGGCAGCCAUGGCGCAGAGACGGUGUCUCCACACCCUAAGCCGUCAAGCCACAGCGCUCCUCUCUUCAAGCCCUAUCACACUGCAUCAAUCUUUCACGGUUUCACCUCCUUUCACCAAUCCUAAUUCUGUCAAAGCUCUCCUCAUCGCCAGAUCCUCUCACAUUUUUUCCAACGCGGACUCCACCUGGGGUUCCAUCUGGUCUCACCAUCAUCCCCGCUAUUUAUCGUCGGAUUCUCGUGAUACAAGAGAAAACGAUGAGGAAGAUGAAGAGACAGAGGGAGAGGAGAGCGAUGGAGAGGAGGAAAUGAGUUCUGAUUUGAAGAGAGAGUAUUCGGAGGAGGAGAAGGAAGCGGAGGCUGCCGCAAUUGGCUACAAAGUAGUUGGACCACUCCAGAAGUCCGACCUUGGCUUUAAACCAUAUGAGCCUGUUUUCGCUGUUGUUCAGAUUGGUUCACAUCAAUUCAAGGUGAGCAAUGGGGAUUGCAUUUUCACCGAGAAAUUGAAAUUCUGCGAAGUAAAUGACAAGUUGAUUUUGAACAAGGUUCUCUUAUUGGGAUCAAGCACUCAAACAAUUGUUGGAAGGCCUACAUUGCCAGAUGCAGCUGUUCAUGCAGUGGUUGAGGAGCAUGCAUUAGAUGCAAAAGUAAUUAUCUUCAAGAAGAAGAGAAGAAAGAAUUAUCGCCGAACCAAAGGACAUCGCCAGGAACUGACUAAGCUGAGAAUAACUGAUAUUCAAGGAAUUGAGAAACCAGAAAUGAAAGUUGAUCCAAAGCCUAAAAAGUCAGGUGUUAAGCAACAAGAAAAGGUUGCUGUUGCUGCUUAGGAGGGAUUUUCCUCGGACCAUAGGUUGAUACAAUGGCUUCCCAAGCUUAAAAUUGCGGAGGUGCAACUUUGUGAUGCUAUUUGAUGGGCACCUUUUCAUUCCUGCUUAUCAAAUGUACAUUUUGGAUGCCAUAGGAGGCAGAAAAUUGUCAUUUUACCAGGUACUUUUGUAGGAUUGGUAUGCUGGAAUAUGCUAUUUCUCCUCAAAUUUUUGUAAUUCUUGUUAUUGUAUUUGUAUUUACCAUUCUACUCAUGACACCUCAGUCAAUAGUACACUCUUGCCCUUGAUAGAGUGAUCCAUAAGGAUUAAUAAAUUAUUAUUGGUUGCA